AUGAAAUUGACUCUACUACUCGUUUUUUUCGUCUUGCUGGGUAGUUGUUGUCUCAGUCAGGCACAAUACGGUGGCGGUGGCGGUGGCGGUCGUUAUGGUGGCGGCGGGGGCGGUGGUCCGUACGGCAGUAGGGGCGGUCGUGGCGGUGGUACUUAUGGAGGCGGUGGUGGAGGUCCUUAUAGCGGCGGCGGUGGUGGUGGUCCUUACGGUGGCCGUGGAGGUGGUCCCUACGGUGGCGGUGGUGGUGGCGGUUAA